AUGGCAGAACAAAGUGUUGUCGUCGAUGAGCCUAUUCUCGACGAUGAUUUUGAAGGUGUCCUGGCAGAAAUUACGGAGAUGGAGCAAAACCACGAAAGGAACAAACUUAUUGGAAUGAGAGAAGUCUUCCCGCAACUUUCGGAGGCGACGAUUCGUGAACACUUGCAUUUGGAUGAAGAGCCACUUUUCCUUCGUUUAAACGAACUUGCUAAAUCGAUAACGCCAAAAGUCGAGCCAGCAAACGACAAUAGCAAGAUCGCCCCAAAGUCAUCUUAUACAGCUGCUGGACAAGUCAUCAACCCAGAAGAGAUUCAAAGAGAAAUGCUGAAAGAAAAGCUAUUGUCAAAAUUGCGUGCUUUGGAGAAAAAAGAGAAGUCUGAAGAGGAAGUGCAACGUACGACAAUGGAAGAGACGAAAAUCAGCAUGUUCCUACGUGAUGCUUUUCCCACGAUCCGGCAAUGUGCUAUCAAUGAGGUAAUGCAGAAACGCGGUUUCUACCAAUGCAUCAUCAUCCUUCGACUCGUUGAAAUGGGGUACACGGAUGAUUUGCGAAAACAGAAAUUCAUCAUUCCCAAUAAGCUUCAAAUGGAAUCCGAAUCUAAUGCGAUGCGAAUGAAAGAGGCAAACGAAAAGCACAAUAUCCAGCUCCCACAGAUGGCCAUUGAGAAAUGGACCAAGUACGAAUCAAUGAUAAAUGCUGAUUUUUUAACCGCAGUUUUGGCUCUUACGCAAUUUGAAUGCCCGAUUUGCCUUGUUACAAACGCUGACAACGAUGGUAUUUUUUGCAGAAAUUUCGACUCGAAUGACAAGGAAUAUACUGCACAUCUUUUCUGCAAGGAUUGCGUGAAACAACAUGCGAUGACUUCGGUGAACGAAAUGACAAUGGGCCCUGGUGGUUCCCAAAUUGAACCAUUGCUUAACGCGGACGAGAGAAAGCUCUUUGAUAAGCGAGCCACGGAGGCCGCGCUUGCUGCCGUAAAAAUUGAGAACAUCGCACAUUGUAAACGCUGUCUAUUUGCCGCAAUCGUCGAAGAUCCAGAGAAACAACGGCGAUUUUUCUGCCUCAACCCUCAAUGCAACUACAAAUAUUGCCGACUUUGUGGCAAGGACUACGAUGAGAAGCAUGAGGGUCGUGCAUGCGAGGAUGUGAUGACAGCUAAACCCAUCAUUUUUGCAUCAAUAAGCACGGGUAAUUCUCUUAAGAGAGGCUAUUUCAUUGGAUCCAUCACGACCGAGGUGUAUUUGUUGGGAGAUGCCCUUCGCGAAGCGUCGACAGUGGAAGUUGAAUUGCCCUUGAAGAUCGUCUUCCGUGGUCGCCGCAAAUUCCACGUGCUCAAGAAACGGAAAGUCGACGGGGAUUUGAAUCUAUGGCAUAUCGACAACGCUGAACUUGGACCGUGGUUCUCAACACUGGAAAGCCUCAUCGAGUUCUACACGACGAACAAAAGUCACCUCAACUCGAUCGAAACAGAGCGACAGCAG